GCGCUGAAAGGGAAGAUCCUGGUGAAGGGGAAGAAGGAGAGAGUGGUGGAGAUGGAGAGCUCCUCCAGUUCUUCAGACCUCAGCUCCUCGGAGGAGUGUGAGUGUAGCGAAGCAGAGAGCAAAAAGAAGGAGGAGAAGAAGGUGUGUGUGUGCGUCUUUUGUCUGUCUUUCUUGCUGAAUCAGCUGAUUUGCUAAUUGUGUAUACUAUAGGCUUUCUUGAUCUCAUGUAGUACUAGUAACUUUGCCUUUCCUUUCUCUCUCGCUUCCUACUCCCUCUUCCCCUCUCUGUGUGUGUGUACCUCCAUAGCCGGGUGUCUCUAAGCUGAGUCCAGAGCUGUCAGACCUGGUGGUGUACACACGCAGUGUUCCCUUUAAAGGCUUUGACCAGGCCGCAAAGAAACCCCCCACUGAGAUGUCCUCCUUCUCAGAGAGCGAAGCCCUCAAACACGUCAAAGAAUCAGGUAUGGAGAGUGUGUGUGUUUGUGGGGGAGGUCUUUGUGUGUGUGUGUGUGUGUGUGUUCGUAUGUGCCAAUGUGUGUCCGUGUGUGUGUGUUUACAUACAAAGCUAAUUAACAGAGUAGCCUAAUAGCUCCCAAAAGAUAAUAGUUCAAUAAAAGCCCAAGAGUACAAUUAGUCUACUCUACACACUUAGCCAAUUACAUCAACAGGCUACUCUGUUAGUUAGCAUUGUAUGUAAACACAUACACACGGACCCACAUACGCACAAACCCACGUGCACCAGCAGCAUACCACCCUGCAUCCCACUGUUGGCUUGCCUCUGAAGCCCAGAGGGUCAGUCCCUAGAUAGGAGACCAGAUGCUGCUGGAAGUGGUGUUUGAGGGCCACUAGGGGGCACUCUUCCCUCUGGGCUAAGGAGAUCCCAAUGCCCCAGGGCAGUGGUGGGGACAUCGCCCUGCGAAGUUUGCCGUCUUUCGGAUGAGACGUUAAACCGGUGUCCCGACUCUCUGUGGUCAUUAACAAUCACAUGGCACUCAUCGUAAGAGUAGGGGUGUUAACCCUGGUGUCCUGGAUAAAUUGCCAACCUGGCCCCAUUUCCAUCAUGGCCACCUAAUUAUUCCCCUCAUUCCUAAUUGGCAUAUAUCACUCCUCAACUCUCCACCUGAUAGGUGAUGUGUGGUCUGGCGCAAAUUGGUUGCCGUGCAUCACCCAAGUGGGUGCUAAACAUUGGUGGUGGAUGAGGUGAGCUUCCCCCUUACUAUGUAAAGCGCUUUGGGUCUCUAGAAAAAGUGCUAUCUAAGUCCAAUCAAUUAUGAUUAUUAUUAUUAAUAUGUACACUAGGCUAUUUUUCUGCAUGCCCUGUUGAUUCCCUAUUGGGAAGACGAGACAGCUGGGCUGUGUUCAUUAGGCACCACAUGGAAGAAAACAGAUUGAAACAGGAAGGGUCUACCUGGACUUUCCAUUUUAAAAUGUUUCAAAAUGUUUCCUGUUGUAUGCCCUAAUGAACACAACCCUGUUCACCACAUAGGCUUCUCUGUUUUUCCCUUUUGCCAAUGUUUUAACUAUCCUUGCCCUCCUUCUUUCUCCCCCUUCUGCAGGGAAGCAUUUUGUCCGUCACAACAGCCAUCAGUUGAGCAGGAUCUAUCCCUCAGGACAACGCCUGCAGUCCUCCAACUACGAUCCCCAGGAUAUGUGGAACGGCGGUUGCCAGAUUGGUCAGAACAUUGUAACCACUCUCUGAAGUUGCCAGAUUAUGUUCACUAAAAUACACUAUGAAAGUAGAACGUCACAAACAGCAAAAUGUAACAUAUCUACUUUCAUAGCGUGUUUUCAAGAAAUAUGGUUAGUAUGGCCCAUCACAGAAAUGUGAAACAGUGGUUACCAGGUACACUGUUCCUCACUGGGAGGCCAGUGUUGGUUGCCAGAUUUGAUAGUAUUUCUGAAUUCCAGGUGAUUGGAAAUUGUAUGUUGCUACACUGGUCAGUGCCUUACACUCCUUUACAGAGCAAUGAUCCUGCAUUCUAUUACACUCUAAUGGACAACAGAAAUUCUCUAUUACUUAGACAGAUAUAUAAAGCACAAUACACUGUAACUCUAAACCACAGUGAUUAUCCUGUAAUGACCUACAGUAUGUCCUGUAAUGCGCUAAAACACUCUUGUGGCAGGCAGCUGACCUGGCUAAUGUCUAGGCUUUAGCUCAACGCACUAAAUCACCGUAGUUAACUGAAAUAUUUGUUUCUCCAGUGGCGCUGAACUUCCAGACGGCAGGGGAAGAGAUGGACCUGAACCGGGGUCGCUUUUUACACAACGGCCUUUGUGGAUACGUCCUCAAGCCCUCCUUCAUGACCCGCCCAGACUGCAACUUCAACCCCGAGAACACAGGUGGAGGACCCGGACACGACCCCACCCUCCUCACCAUACGGGUAAGUGGGCGCUCCCAGAUGACCAGACAGCCCCCCAAAUCAAUCCAAGUUAACUUUGUCAAUCCGCCAAGAGGCCAUUGAGAAGGUAACAAGUUCAGACUGUCGCAAAAAAGAAAUUAAAUGUAUAGAAUUAAAAUCAAUGCCUCACUUUUCUCUAAUGCUAUUUUUCUCAAUCCUGUUUUACCCAAUUCCCAUUUUUCCCAAUCCUAUUUUUCCCAUUCCUGUUUUUCCCAAUCCCAUUAUAACCAAUCCCAUGCAGGUGAUCUCAGCCCAGCAGCUUCCCAAGCCAGAGUGGGAUAAACCCAGCUCCAUUGUGGACCCUCAGGUGUGGGUGGAGACCCAUGGCGUUCCCAUCGAUAACAACAAGAAGAUGACCCCCCGUGUGGACAACAACGGUAAAUAUACAGUGCAUUCGGAAAGUAUUCAGACCCAUUGACUUUUUCUAAAAUUAAUUAAAUAGUUUUUUUCCCUCAUCAAUCUAAACACAAUACCCCAUAAUGACAAAGCAAAAACUGUUUUUUGGAAAUUUUUGCAAAUGUAUUAAAAAUAAAAAUGAAAAUGAAAUAUGAAAUUUACAUAAGUAUUCAGACCCUUUACUUAGUACUUUGUUGAAGCACCUUUGGCAGUGAUUACAGCCUCAAGUCUUCUUGGGUAUGACGCACACCUGUAUUUGGGGAGUUUCUCCCAUUCUUCUCUGCAGAUCCUCUCAAGCUCUGUCAGGUUGGAUGGGGAGCGUCGCUGCACAGCUAUUUUCAGGUUUCUCCAGAGAUGUUCGAUCAGGUUUUUAGUCCGGGCUCUGGCUGGGCCACUCAAGGACAUUCAGAGACUUGUCUCGAAGCCAGUAUGAAGAAUACAAUUCAACAUGCUGUAGCUGAAUAAAAUAGAAAGGAUAUUUUCUCCAAACGAUUUGAGGGAGUGCACACAUGCGGCUAUUAGGUGAUGAGCGGUUAACAAAGAAACAUGUACUCCUAUAUGCUUAAUUCAGAGUUAUUUAUGUAACUUUAGUUGUGAUACAAAUGUUGGACUAUAUGUUUAGAUUUUUUAUACAUUCAAAGCUGCAUGAUGCGACUGAAAGGCAUGAUCUCUGCUUUGUUUUUUGCGCAGGCUGUACACACUUCAUCAGUCUCUCUCAUUCUCAAUUUGACAAGCACUUGAUAAUGCCUCGAGUUUCCCGGCUGCAUCCCCUUUGUGUGGCCGUAAUGCCCCCUAAAAUAAUUUGUGCCUUUUGCGGCCAGUGGCCGUUGUGCCCGUGGGCUGAAUAUAAUAAUUAUAAUUCCCUUCUCCCGGCUGCGUGCCGAAGCACCUCUCACUCACAUGGCCCUCAGUGACGUGAGUGGGUCUUUCUCACAGGCUACAAGUGAAGACAGACACAUCAGGGACACAACUGCGUGCGUCGUUAUCCAAUUCCGAGGCGCAUAUUGAAGAUAUUGGAAGAACUGUCAUUUACUUUUCGUCAGCCACUAAGAUGAAUAGGCCUAACGAACAACAAAAGCACUAGCCUAUGUCAAUCUACUAUCCCCCAUAGUACAAAAGUGGACCUAUUCUAUUCUGUGCUAGAAAUAAAUAUUCCAAACAUAGUCUGGGACAGUUGUGGGAUGUUUUAAGCAAUGAGCCUGACGCAACAGAUCAGAAAGUUUAGCUUAAAAUGUUGAUAAACUAUUAGGCUAUUUCUUCACAUUAUAAGCGCAGCAAUGCGCACACGGCAGUAGGCUAUAAGCGCGAAUGUGCCAUUAGCAGGAAAACACCAUUCUCAAAAAUGAACGCAAAUGUGAUUAUGCAUGUAAUGCUUUUAUUAUAAACGUGCAUUUGUAUGUCCCCGAGUGGCGCAGUGGUCUAAGGCACUACAUCGCAGUGCUAGCUGUGCCACUAGAGAUCCUGGUUCGUAAUCCAGGCUCUGACGUAGCCGGCCGCGACCGGGAGACCUAUGGGGCGGCGCACAAUUGGCCCAGGGUAGGGGAGGGAAUGGCCGGCAGGGAUGUAGCUCAGUUGGUAGAGCAUGGCGUUUGCAAUGCCAGGGUUGUGGGUUCGAUUCCCACGGGGGGCCAGUAUGAAAAAUAAAAAAAAUUAUGUAAGUCACUCUGGAUAAGAGCGUCUGCUAUAUGACUAAAAUGUAUGGUGAAAAUUAUCUUCCCCAAACUUAAAACUCACGCGCUGCAUAUGUAUGCCAGUUUGGCUCUACACCCGUUGUAACACGGAUUAAUGUGCUUAAUUUUAAGAAGUUAUUUGGCCACUUUAGUUGUGAUACAAACCUUAUCAAAACAUAUAGGCCUAUGGGCUAGGCUACUAUGAUUUGAAAAAGUCACACAAAAAAGGAAUGGCGGUUUCUUGCCUUAAACUGGGCAUCAUUCACAAGUGAUAAUAUAUCAUUCACAAGUGAUAGGCUAAUAUUGUCACCCAUCAGACUAUUCUUGAUUUAAUCUUGUCUUUACAUAUACAAAAUAAUAUAUGUGUGACAUUUGUUUUGAUUUAGAAUGGACCAUUAUCAUGUACCUGAUUCGAAACAGGGGCAGGGGAAAAAAAGACGUCAUCUAUGCACUUAAAUAGCGAAUGGAGGACACUUUUCCCGCGGUUCAUUUUCAUGCCAGCCUGGUAGGCUAUACUCCUGUUGUAAAGAGAAGCAAUGUGCUUAAUAUUAGUAAAGUUGAGAAAUAAAUAUAGUAGGCCUAGCCUAUUGAAAGCUGAUGAGAUCCUCUUUUUAAUAGAGGCCAUCACUCUUGUUUUCUCACGCAAUUGCAUAGCCUAUAGAAGUGUUGCGCAACAUGAGCGCAUGGGCUCUCAUGAAGUGUUUGAUUUAGAUUUUUGAUUACAUUUGCAUUGAUGUCAGAGUGAUUAGAGGGACAACAAAAGUGCUGAGUACCAGGCAGUUAGCAAGUUUGGUAGUGACCUAAUGACCAUCAGCAGCAUCAGAGCUUGGAGAAGCCUAAUUACUGUGACUAAACGGUCACGUGGAAUUUGACUGCCGCCAUGACUCGUGACCGCCGGUGUGGCGGUAAUACGGUCACCGUAACAGCCCUAGAUCCUACUCCAUUUCUCUUUACAACUUGCACCUGUAGAACAGCAAAGUUUUCAUUUAGCUAAUUUUAUUAAUCCAUUUCUUUGUUUUUCCUAACAAAAAACAAAACAUAAAAAUCUAAUUUAUUUGAUCAUUUCUGGGAGUAAGGAUUUCCAAUGACGGGCCUUUUGCUGUAAGAGAACAUGGUCAAGUUUGACAUAUAAAUACAUCCCAAGAUUUAUGCCCAUUGGUUGAGAGAGAAGGUGAUAAUUACAAGAGUGUGCCCAUAGGUUAAACAGCAAGCGUGAAGAAUGUGCAAUUACUGUUCCGUGCUCAUAGGCUAUAAGGUAAAUAGGUGAAUGACAUUCCGCAUGUGGCUAAUAGAAAAGAGGAGGAGAGACUAUGCUGAUGAUAAUAACUAUUAUCACUAACUAUUUUCAUGACAUUGACUGACCAGGUGAAAGCUAUGAUUCCAUAUUGAUGUCUGUCACGACCCGGUGCGAGAAACAGUCACUAAUAAUUGUCAGAACCCAGAAGAUGAGGCAGACACAGCAGUACUAGAGAUGGUGGUUUAAUAAAGAACAAAAUCUUCAGGCAAAGAAACUAAAUCCACAAUGUCCAAAAAAUAAAGCCAAGAGGCACAAAGAGGAAAACCUCCAAAAAACAAAAGAAACUCCACAAAGUGGUAAAAAACAGCAGGGAAAAACAAACCUCAAAAGACUACUCAAACAAAACACAAGAACUAAACCAGAGAACCUCUGGAAAAUCCCACCAGAGAAAAAUCUAUAUAAACAAGGCUUGGGCUGGGGCUGGGUGCUAACUUACAAACACUGAGCAAGGAACUGAGGAACACACAGGGUUUAAAUACUAACAAGGGAAUGACCUACAGGUGCAAACAAUAAUUAGAGCAAGAAAAACAAAAGGUACAAAAAAAGUGCAAUGGGGACAUCUAGUGACCAAAACCCGAACAGUCAUGGCCAAAACCUGACAGAAUCCCCCUCCUAGGAACGGCUCCUGACGUUCCUACCAGCCUUCUCAGGGUGGAGGGCCCUGAACUGACGAAUGAGGUCAGGGUCCAGUAUGUCCUUGGCAGGAACCCAGGAGCGCUCCUCGGGACCGUAGCCUUCCCAGUCCACCAGAUACUGCCAGGACCGCUGCACCCGGCGGGAAUCCAGUAUCCGGUGGACGGUAUAAGCCGACUGGCCACCGAUGACACGGGGCGGAGGGGGAGGUCUGCCUGCCGGGAUAAGGGGAGAAAAAACAACAGGUUUUAAUAAAGAAAUGUGAAAUGUUGGAUUGAUCUUAAGGGAUCUGGGUAAGUGCAGGCGAAAAGUAACGGGAUUGACUCUCCUGGCAAUCUUAAAGGGACCGAUGAACCUCUGGGACAGCUUGCGAGACUCCACCCGUAGUGGUAGGUUCUUAGUUGAGAGCCAUACUCUCUGGCCGGGGUACAGGGUAGGACCGGGACGGCGACCUCUGUUGGCUUGUCGUUGGUACUGCUGAGAGGAACGCAGAAGAUUAAGACGUGCCUUCUUCCACGUAAGCCGACAGCGUCUGAUGAACCUCGAGGCUGAAGGCACUCUGACUUCUGCCUCCUGGUCCGGGAACAAUAGAGGCGCAUAGCCAAACUGACACUCAUGCGGGGACAUACCAGUGGAGGAGGAGCACAAGGUGUUGUGCGCGUACUCGGCCCAAACAAUGAAGGAUGACCAAGUGGACGGGUUGUUGGAAACCAUGCAUCUGAGGGUGGUUUCCAGCUCCUGAUUCAUCCUCUCAGUUUGGCCAUUGGACUCCGGAUGGUACCCUGAAGAUAAACUGGCCGUGGCCCCUAUGAGUUGGCAGAAGGCCUUCCAAAACCUUGAGGCGAACUGGGGACCUCUGUCGGAAACCAUAUCUUGCGGAAUCCCAAAGACUCGGAACACAUGGUUAAUCACCAACUCAGCUGUUUCCUUGGCAGAAGGUAAUUUGGUCAAAGGAACAAACCUGGCCGCCUUAGAAAACCUGUCGAUGAUGACUAGGAUCGUAGUAUUACCAUGGGACGGAGGAAGGCCAGUAAUAAAGUCCAACGAGAUAUGGGACCAGGGUCGGUGGGGAAUAGAUAGAGGGUGAAGGAGUCCUUGAGGGCGGAGGUGAGAAGAUUUGCCCUGGCAGCACACGGAACAGGCCUUGAUGAAAGUGGCAACGUCUUCUUUUAUGGUGGGCCACCAGAACUUACGCUGGAUGAACUCCAAGGUGCGGCCUACGCCCGGGUGACAGGUGAGGCGAGAGGAGUGCCCCCACCGAAGGACUUGGGACCUUGCUGCCUUGGGAACAAACAACCGAUUAGCAGGACCUCCUCCAGGGCCCGGUUCGAUGGCUUGAGCUUGUUUCACGGUAUCCUCCACUUGCCACGAGAUCGGAGCCACGAUCUUAGCGGCCGGAAGGACAGUCAUGUCAGUAUCUUCUCGAAUGGCAGGAGAGUAGAUUCGUGACAAGGCGUCCGGUUUGAGAUUCUUCGACCCGGGUCUAUAGGUGAGGAUAAACUGAAAUCGGCUGAAGAAAAGAGACCAUCGAGCUUGUCUGGCGUUCAACCGCUUCGCCUGCUGGAUAUACUCCAGAUUCUUGUGGUCCGUAAGCACUUGAAACGGUUGAGAAGCCCCCUCGAGCCAGUGUCUCCAUUCCUUCAAUGCCAUCUUAACCGCUAGGAGUUCACGAUCCCCCACAUCGUAAUUCCUCUCGGCCGGGGUAAGCCGGUGAGAGAAGAAGGCGCAAGGAUGAAGCUUCUUGUCUUCACCCCUCUGAGACAGGACGGCUCCAACCCCAACCUCUGAUGCGUCUACCUCCACCACAAAAGGUUCAUCCGCCGUUGGUAGUGUCAGGAUGGGAGCAGAGAGGAUGCGCUGCUUGAGUCCUUGGAAGGCCGUCUCAGCUUCUCUUCCCCACAGAAACCUUGUGUUGCCACCCUUGGUUACCGCCGAGAGAGGGGCUGCCACCGAGCUGAAGUUCUUGAUGAACUUGCGGUAAAAGUUGGUGAAGCCCAGGAAACGCUGAACUUCCUUAACGGACUUGGGGGUGGGCCAAUCCGCUACCGCCUCUACCUUCUUGGGGUCCAUCUGGACUCGUCCGGGUUCCACUAUAAAUCCCAGGAAUUGUACUCGAGAGGAAUGGAAUUCACACUUCUCCGGCUUAACGUACAAAUGGCUGUCUAGGAGGCGUUUGAGCACUUGUCUGACAUGCUUAGUGUGUUCUUGAAGGGAGCUCGAAAAGAUGAGGAUGUCAUCCAAGUAAACAAACACAAAGAUGUUAAGCAUAUCCCUAAGCACAUCGUUUAUGAGCGCUUGGAACACAGCCGGAGCGUUGGUCAGGCCGAAGGGCAUCACCGAGUAUUCGUAGUGACCAGUAGGCGUGUUGAAAGCGGUCUUCCACUCGUCCCCGGGUUUGAUCCGCACAAGAUGGUAUGCGUUCCGCAGGUCAAGCUUAGUGAAGACAACUGCUUCCUGGAGCAGCUCAAAGGCUGUGGCCAUAAGGGGUAGCGGGUAGCGGUUACGGACGGUUAUGGCAUUGAGUCCCCGGUAGUCGAUGCAAGGUCGUAAUCCACCGUCUUUCUUGGCCACAAAGAAAAACCCUGCUCCCGCCGGCGAGGUAGAUGGACGCAUGAGGCCUGCUGUCAGAGCGUCCUUGAUGUAGGUAUCCAUAGCAGCUCGUUCGGGAGGAGAAAGGGAAAAGAUCCGACCCCUGGGAGGGCAGGUCCCCGGCAACAGGUCGAUGGUGCAAUCGUAAGGUCUAUGGGGUGGUAGUUUGGUGGCCCUCUGUUUGCUAAAUACCAGUUUGAGGUCAUGGUAACACUCGGGAACUCGGGACAAGUCGAUGGAUUCUAGAGACUCGGAAGGAGAACUCUGGGAACUCGGGAAGAUACAAGUGGCUUGGCACGUAGGACCCCACUGCUUGAUAGUGCCCACAGACCAGUCGAUGUGAGGGUUAUGGCUGUGAAGCCAGGGAUAACCAAGGACGAGAGGAAACUCGGAACAGGAGAUCAGAUGAAAGUUCAUCACUUCCUGGUGUUGGGAAACUGAAAGUCGUAAGGGGGUAGUGGCACGAGUGACAAGUCCAGAUCCCAAAGGACUUCUAUCCAACGUAGUAACCCUUAUGGGGUCACUUAGAGGUUCAGAAGGAACGCCAUUCUCCUUCGCCCAGAUCCCAUCCAUGAAGUUACCUGCGGCUCCAGAGUCUACCAAGGCUUGAAGAGAAAACUCGUGGUCGUCCCAGGAAAGGGUAACAGGAAUGAGCAGGCGGGAGUUGGAUGGAUGGGAGGAGGUUAUGUUUCCCGUUACAGUCCUCCCAGGCCUGCACGGGAGAGUGCGUUUCCCUGGAGCCCGGGACACGUGGAGCGGAAAUGGCCCGGUUUGCCGCAAUAUAGACAGCAUCGCUCCCUCAUCCGGCGGUCUCUCUCAGCCUGGGAGAUGCGUCCAACCUGCAUGGGUUCUGGUGGAGCCAGCGAGGAUAAAGGUGGAGACUCGGAGCUGGAACCGAUAGGAGCUAGGGUGAGCGAUCUAUGGUUUUGUUCUCUCUCUCUCAGACGCUGGUCUAUGCGUGAAGCCAACUUGAUAAGGGACUCGAGGUUGUCCGGUGGUUCCCGAGUGGCCAGUUCAUCUUGGAUGGUGUCAGAAAGACCCUUCAAAAAACACACUGUGAGCGCCUCGUCGUUCCAGCCACUUGCUGCUGCCACAGUGCGGAACUGGAUGGCAUAGUCCGUCACGCUGCGCCGACCUUGGCGGAGAGUCAGGAGCUGUUUGGCUGAGUCAGGGCCGUUGGUAGGACCUUGAAACACUCGCUUGAAUUCUUCAGCAAAGGUAGAGUAGCUGGCACAGCAGGGACUUUGGGCAUCCCACACAGCAGUAGCCCAGGCUAGGGCCUUUUCCGACAGCAGGGUGAUGAUAUAUGCUAUCUUGGACCGGUCGGUGGGAAACGACGAUGGUUGCAGCUCAAAGGAGAGAGAACAUUGGGUGAAAAACCCCUUACAAACACUCGGGUCCCCUGAGAACCGUUGGGGAGGCGGCAGACGAGGUUCAGCCAGGGGAUUAACUGCCAGGGGCCCUUGAAUCGGAUGAACUGGAGCAGAAGCGGUUGCCGGGGAAAGUCGAUCCGAAAUCUGCUUUAUGGAAGUCAGCAUCUCUGACAGAAGUUGAGAAUGUCUAGCCAUUAAGGCCUCUUGCUGAACCAGAGCAGCUUCGUGGCGUUGGACAGUCCCCUCAUGGUGGGACAGCAUGGAAAAAAGAUCCUGGGUACUGGCUGCCUCUGGGUUCAUAAUAAUGGCUCAGUGUUUCUGUCACGACCCGGUGCGAGAAACAGUCACUAAUAAUUGUCAGAACCCAGAAGAUGAGGCAGACACAGCAGUACUAGAGAUGGUGGUUUAAUAAAGAACAAAAUCUUCAGGCAAAGAAACUAAAUCCACAAUGUCCAAAAAAUAAAGCCAAGAGGCACAAAGAGGAAAACCUCCAAAAAACAAAAGAAACUCCACAAAGUGGUAAAAAACAGCAGGGAAAAACAAACCUCAAAAGACUACUCAAACAAAACACAAGAACUAAACCAGAGAACCUCUGGAAAAUCCCACCAGAGAAAAAUCUAUAUAAACAAGGCUUGGGCUGGGGCUGGGGCUGGGUGCUAACUUACAAACACUGAGCAAGGAACUGAGGAACACACAGGGUUUAAAUACUAACAAGGGAAUGACCUACAGGUGCAAACAAUAAUUAGAGCAAGAAAAACAAAAGGUACAAAAAAAGUGCAAUGGGGACAUCUAGUGACCAAAACCCGAACAGUCAUGGCCAAAACCUGACAGAUGUCACUUGUUAAAUCCACUUCAUUCAGUGUAGAUGAAGGGGAGGAUACAUGUUAAAGAAGGAUUUUUAAGCCUUGAGACAAUUGAGACAUGGAUUAUGUAUGUGUUCCAUUCAGAGGGUGAAUGAGCAAGACCAAAUAUUUAAGUACCUUUGAACGGGGUAUGGUAGUAGGUGCCAGGUGCACCGGUUUGAGUGUGUCAAGAACUGCAUAGCUGCUGGGUUUUUAAUGCUCAACAGUUUCCCGUGUGCAUCAAGAAUGGUCCACCACCCAAAGGAUAUCCACCCAACUUGACACAACAGUGGGACGCAUUGGAGUCAACAUGGGCCAGCAUCCCUCUGGAACGCUUUCGAAAACUUGUAGAAUCCAUGCCCCAAUUAAUUGAGGCUGUUCUGAGGGGAACGGGGUGCAACUCAAUAUUAGGAAGGUGUCCCUAAUAUUUUAUAAACUCAGUGUAUACAGGUAACUGCCAAAAUAAUGGAAACACUUGAGUAAAUGAGGGAAACAAAGUAUAUUGAAAGCAGGUGCUUCCACACAGGUGUGGUUCCUGAGUUAAUUAAGCAAUUAACAUCCCAUCAUGCUUAGGGUAGUUUAUAAAAUGCUAGGCAUUUGCCCUAUUAAGACAAUUUAUUUAUGUGUUUCCUUUAUUUUGGCAGUUACCUGGACAGUCCCACUAUGCACAUAGAAGAGGAAGCAAUGUGAAUUGUAUUGUGCUUACUGAAAGAAGUAAAGUGAGCUAUCUAUUCAGACCAGCCUUACUGAUUGAACCUACGUUAUCAACUACAUUUCAAUUUACUGAAGUAAACUGAAAUUCCAAUUGAAAUGGAAUUGAGCCCAAACCUGAUGUAUGAAUAGAAGAUACAUGAAAACAUUUCUGUGUUGAACCCUUCGCUCUCCCUCUCUCCUAUGGUUUGUCAGGGUUUAACCCUCGGUGGGACUGCACCUUCAACUUCACUCUGCAUGUCCCUGAGCUGGCUCUGGUGCGCUUCAUGGUGGAGGACCACGACUUCACCUCCAGAAACGACUUCCUGGGACAGUUCACCCUGCCCUUCACCAGCCUCCGCACAGGUGUGUGUGUGUGUGUGUGUUUACAUGUGUAGGUGUGUGUCAAAAUAACAUAUCUUACUGUUUAGACUAUAGCCAAUAAUCAGUUUUGUCUGACCUUUCACCUCUGCCCUCUCGCCCCCAGGUUACCGUCAUGUCCACCUGCUGAAGGUCGAUGGUUCCAGCCUGUCACCCACUUCUCUGUUCAUCCAUGUUAAGGUCACCCCCUGCCACAGUAGCCCCUCCAAGGCCUCAGCCAAAUCUCCGUCCUCAACCAAGAUCGUAGCCAAAUCACCAGCCAUAUCUCCAACCAAGAUCGUAGCCAAAUCACCAGCCAUAUCUCCAACCACGUCCCAAGCCAAAUCACCAGCGAAGAAGCAUUAA